UUUUUUUUUUUCUUUUUUUUUUAUCACUAAUUUUGGUAUUUACUAUGCAAUCUUUCAAUAGUACUAAUAAAAAAAAUAUACCACCAUCACCUUCUUUUAGUUCUGCACCUGAUAUUAAUGCUAAGAUACCCGUGCCUUCUUUUUCAAGUGCACCCGAUUUUUCAUUUAAAGACGACAAAUAUAAAUCUCACAACGACACCACUAAUAAUAAUAAUAAUAUACGACGACAUCAUCGACAUAGAUCAUCUUCACGACGAGAUAGACCUCGCUCCUCGUCUCCUUCUCAACGUCGACGACAUCGAUCCCGUUCCCCUAAACAUCAUAGUGCUCGUCAUCGAUCACGUUCGCCACAAUCUCGACAUGAGAGGAAAUCUUCAAAAAGAAGUAAACGAACACCUUCACCAGAAAUAAUACACACUGGAACAUUGAAUACAGGCAUCACAUUUACUAUGGAUAGAAGAGGUGAUCCAGAUAUUAUCACUUACGGCGGAAACCAUGCUUAUUCUGUACCCAUCUUUAAAAGAUGUGGAGGAGGAAGAGUAAUUGGAUUAUCACCCAAUAUUCGUAUUGACAAUUCAGUUGUGAAAUCAGGACAGAUCAGUAUAAUUGAUAUUUGGGAUAAAAAGAAAACAUCGCGAUAUAUAGACCCUGAUUAUUCUUGGAAAGAAUUUGAUAAGGAUUUGAAACGAAUUCAUAUUCAACCAGAGAAAAAUACGUCUGAUCCUUUUGCUUUACACACAAAUAUAAUCACAUUAGAAGAUAGACAGUCAAGAUUACAAUCAAACGAUGAUGAUUAUAAUAUAAGUGGCGUAGAUUAUCGUUCACUAGAGGGAAAUAAAGUAAGACAUGCGGAUCAGCAGGAGGAUAUUGAACAAUUAAGAGAAGAAGGCGAGAGUUUUAACGAUUACAUUCGCCAACGAACAAUUGAUUUUAAUCGACAAUUAGAUAAAGAGCCUGAAAAUGUACAGCUUUGGUUAGAUUUCAUUCACUUUCAGGAUGAAGCAGCUACUAGUUUGGAUCCAAACGCGCCUAAAUCAAAUAAAUCAAGUUUAAGUGAAAUUAAGUUAAACAUCUUUGAGAAAGCGCUAGAGUCUAAUCCGAUGGAUGAAGAAUUACUUCUUGCUUAUUUAACAUGUGGAGCGGAGAGUUGGGAAAAUUUGAAAUUACUCCGUGAAUGGGAUAGAGUACUUAAAGAACAUCCUAGUUCUAUUCGACUGUGGUCUGAAUACAUCAAUUUGCGUCAAACGAAUUUUGCUAGUUUUUCUUACACGCAAUGUGUACAAGUAUUUGCGGAUGCUAUAUCCGUCUUGAGCAGACAAUUACAACAACAGCAGUAUAGAGACGAGGAUGAGCGUCGUGAGGAUAUUGAAUCUUUAAUGGUUUAUAUCUUAUUAAGAGCUUGCUUAUUUAUGAAACAAGCUGGUUAUCAAGAAAGAGCAUUUGCUAUCAUUCAGGCCAUAGUUGAAUUUAAUUUAUUUCAGCCACACAUAUUGAAUAUGACAGAUGAUAACAAUAAGACUAAGCUGAAUGCAUUUACUGAUUUUUGGGAUAGUGAAGUUUUAAGAUUCGGAGAAGAAGGUGCUCGUGGAUGGCAUGACUAUUAUCGUGCAACUCAAAAUGGAGAAGAAGUUCCUGAACCUGUGUUCAAUAAACCUAUAGAUCAAAAUCAAAAAGAACAAGAGGAAGAUGAGGUGAUGGAUUUAAAUGAAUGGAUUUCUUCUGAACUAUGUAAAGAGGAAAAGGAGCGUUUACCAUUACGUAUGAACCAAGUAGAGGAUGAAAGUGUAGAUGAAGACCCUUAUCGAAUCAUUCUAUCUGAUGAUGUUAAACCGUUCUUAUUUAACAUCACCCAUAUGGAAGCACGUCAAAGUUUAAUCUAUAGUCUAUUUGUCUUUCUAGGUUUACCUUUUACACCACCUGAUAUUGGUACAAAUACCCAUUUUUAUACUGAUAUCUUUACUCACAAUGAGCUUAAUCUGGCUCAUUUUUGGCCUGCCAAGGAGAAUACACGAAAACAUCUUGUGUGGUAUGUAGCAGGCGUUCCUAUGACACCAGAAGAAAUUACAAUGGAAUCCAAUCCAUAUUACAUCCCAAACUCAUAUCCUGUUAGAGUGCCUGAACUAUUUGCUAAAUAUGGUACUUGGUUUAAAUGUUCCGGAAAGGAAUUUAUACAUUGCCAAAUAGAUGAAAAGUUUACAAGAACCAUAUUUAAACAGUUAUUGGCAGUCGAGAAAUCAGAACAAUUAAUGAUAUAUUAUCUUGCCUUUGAAUCUAGUUGUGGAUAUAAAUUUGGCCGUCAAUUGGCAAAGAAUUUAUUAAAAGAUCAAAGGACAAGUCUAACAUUAUGGAACGCUUAUGCGCAAAUGGAAAAGAGUCAUGAUCAUAUUAAUGAGUCACGUAAAGUUUAUCUAACUGCAUUAUCUAUGUAUCACACUUUUCCUAAAGAUGAACAAGAGUCUUUACCUCUUUUAUACUAUAUGUUUGCAAAACUUGAAUUAGAGAAUAAUAAGCCAAACGAGGCUUUAAAAAUCUUAGUUUCAAUGUCUGAUAGUGUACCUUAUAAUGCUGCAAUGCCCUUACCAAGUACACCUUUGAUUUUAAGAGCAAGAGAAUACUUUUCACAAAAAUUAGCUCAACUUUCAACGUUGUCCGAAUCUUAUAGAGAGAGACAAAACGCAUUAAAUAUGAUAAGUUGUGCUGCGCUCUUUGAGUACUUGUCUAGUGGUUUAGAUAGUGCAUGUUCUAUUUAUGAACAUGCACUAGAGUAUAUCAAAGAACGACAGGCAGAAAGAGGAUAUGCAUCAGAGGCGAUAUGGAUAGAAUAUGCCGGGUUACUUUAUUAUCAUUUCACGACAGAAAAGAUGUAUAAGCCGAGAGUAUUACGAUAUGCUAUGGAACGAGCAUUAUCUUUAUUUCCCAAUAAUACUAUUUUUCUUGCUUUUUAUAUAUGGAAUGAAUCAAAGACAAAGAUAUAUAAUCGAGUUCAACACUUAUUAAAUGAUGCAUUGAAUAAAAAUUCAAAUGUUAUAUUAUGGUUAUCAGCUAUAUAUAAUGAAUUACAUAAAUAUAAGCCAUAUCACGUUGAUUCUGUUAGAGAUUAUUUUGAAAGAUCUAUUCAAGAUACAAGAACAAGAUCUUCAAUUAUUUUAUGGAAAUGUUAUAUUCAGUUUGAAAUAUCACAAAAUAAUAUAGAAAAAGCACUUCGUUUAUUUUAUAGAUCAGUUAGAGAAUGUCCAUGGUCUAAAGAAUUAUACCUUUUAGGCUUACAAUCCUUUAGUAAAGUUAUGAACGAAAAGGAGUUGAAUGAAUUAGUUAGUUUAAUGAUGGAAAAAGAAAUAAGAUUAAGGACGCCUAUUGAAGAUGAUUUAUUGAAUCAAUAGUGUUCAUUGUUAUAAAAUUAAACAUUAACAAUAAAUAGUAACUAUAUAAAUACAUGUAUAUAAAUAAAUAGAUACUUGUAUCUUUUUAUUACUAUUAUUAUCUUCUUCUUCUUUGUUG